AUGUUAUUGUGUUAUAAUUCUCUUUUAUUUUUACUGGCCUUCCGCAUUAGUUUUAUCAAUUCCAUUUCACACAAUUAUAAACUUCUUUACAUUAAUUAUCCUAAUAUUUUAAGCAAUUUUAAUCCUAAUAAGUCUGAUUUAACAUGUAAUAUAUUUUUUGGAAACAAAGGUAUCUCUCUUGAUACUGAUGAAUAUAAAACACAACAUCAUAUAAACGAAUAUUUCAAAAAACUCCCUUAUAAAACUGAAAACAUUGUUAAUCCAGAUCAACCGCCAGGUUCUUCAUCUAGAGAAGAUCUAAAGGGUCAUAAUAUACCAAUUGCUAAUAAUGUUCUGACUGACGUGUUACCUCUGGCUCCACUUUCGGAGGAUGAACCAUUAGAGGAAAUAGUUGAAGAUAAUGACCUGACAAGACCUCCAUCCAACAAGGAAGACUGGAACCUGAAACGGAUAUCGCACGGGAGGUAUUUUUGGCAUAAAUUCUUUGCUAAACCUUCAGAACAAACACUCAAAGCCUUAAGGUGGUUUAAACAAGAACACGACCAAACUAGAUGUAACAGGAUUCUGGAAAGGACAUAUACUCAGUUGCCUAAGAUUAUGCCUCAAAAGGGACCAGACGGCAAAAUUUUACCCCUAACUAGGUCAGAAAAAUUGAUGAAUAGACACUCAUUAAAGGUUAAUAAGAAGAUAAUUGGGUAUGAUAAUAGUGGAGAAGCCAGUAAUUUAUUAAUAUUGCUGAAUUAUCCAACAGAAAAGCUGGUAGGUUUGGUGGAGAAGCUCAGAAUGCCUGGAGUUUUAAAUCUCGAAAACUAUGAACUGUUAAGACUACUUAACUAUUCAAUGGCAUAUUUGGCCAAAACAAACAAUUUCACUAAUGUUAUCCAAUUUUUAUUAACUUUAGGUAAAUUUAACGAUAAUUUGAAGCUACCAAAGGAUGAAACAGAUUCAGAGGAUAAUAAUAAGCCAGAGCCUAUAAUACUACCAGAUAAUAGUAUAGCAUACAUAACAAUGGCUAAGGGUAAUAUAUAUAAAGGAAAAAUCAAACGAGUGUUCAUGAGAUAUAAACCAAUGGUAUAUUCAAUAAUUGGAAGACUAAAAAAUGACCCAUUUAAUAAGAAGUUUUUAUUACCAAGAAAAGCGAGACCUGAACCCAUAAGAGAGUUUUAUCCAACCUAUAACACUGAUUCUGCCCUAACAAAGUUCUUAGAAGAGGCCCUGGAACUAGAGAUAAAAUGCUCCGAGGAAGAAUAUGAUCAUGACAAGACUAUGGACAGAUCAUUUUCUGAUCAAUUUGAUGGAAAUUCAGACUAUACAACUAAGAAAAGUAUUAAUAAAUUUGAUCGUCCAACUACAAUCAAUUUUAGUAAAGAGCUAAAAGAAUAUUUAAUAAAGGGCAUUAGUGAAUUAUCACCUUCAAGUAUCAAGGAAAUGUUAAAAUUUAACAAAAAUCUAGGAAUACUUAAAACAGCCACUUUAAUAAAUAGAAUUAUGAAAUUGCAUACUGAAAUUGGAAUGAGCUAUAACGAAAUAAUUAGAGUUUGUAUCUAUAGUCCUGGAAUACUUUCAAACGGAAGUUAUAAACAAAGGUGUUUGAAAAUAUACGACAUUGAUGAAAGCUUUACACACGAAGUAGUAAAUAAAUUGGUUAGAAGUUUUCCCAAACUCUUAUCAUAUAAUAUUGAUCGUAAUGUGAAGCCUAAAACAUUAUAUUUGCUAAGGGUAAUGGGUAAAUCAGUAUCAGAUUUACUGGAUUUCCCUAAAUAUCUAAGUUUUUCUCUUUAUGAUCGAAUAAUACCAAGACAUUUCAGUAUAAUGAAUAAAUUUUACAACGGAGAGUUCCUGAGCGUUUAUCAAUUCUUAUUCCAAACUGGAUUCUACCCUUCAUAUGGUCAACCGGUAACACACCCCAAGAUUCCAAACACUUUACCGGAAAACCACGAUAAAUUUAUGUCGUUCUAUAUGGAAUUGAAUAGAGAUUUGAGUUUAAAAGAUAUGCUAACCACCUCGGAAGAGGACUUUUGUAGAAUAUAUAAUUUAACGUAUAGGAAUAUGGUAGAAGGUAAGAAAUACGCCUUAAAAAUUCCAUUACCAACCAAUGUACAGUAA